AUGCACGUCUUUGGCCGCUGGUGGUCACAAGCUCCUUUCAUCCUCAUCAUCCGAUUCCAUCUUCAAGGCCUACUUGCGGUAGAAGAAGUGGGCGGCGAUAAUGGCCAGAAUAUCAACUGUGGAGGUGUCAUUCUGAUUCCGAGCCUCGAAAGAUUCCAGCCUAUACGCGCUACUUCUGCUCGAGGUGGCCCAGAUGCGUUCAGAUAUUUCUCGUCGUACGUUCCCGCCCAAAACUUCUUCUUGAAUAUGAGUUUGACCGUCCUCGCAGGUUCUGAGCGCUUGAUUUACCGUGCAGUGCGCAGGGGACUCGUUGGGGGCUGCGGCGUCCCUCCGAGUUUCUAG